UUUAAACAUAUUUUUAGUCAUGUCCGAUCCAGUGGAAGAAAUUGUUCCUGAAUCAUCAGCGAAAGAUCAACGUGAUUAUUCUUCUUCGUCAUCCACCGAUGGGGAUGACUUUCGACAACCCACAAAUGACAAGUCUCACCUCUUUGGCCGCCAGAAACCUGUCCAUGCAGCUCUAGGCGGUGGCAAACCUGCUGAUAUUUUGCUGUGGAGGAACAAGCAGAUUUCAGCUGGGAUGCUUGCUGCUGCUACUGUCAUUUGGCUUCUAUUUGAAUGGAUUGGUUAUCAUUUGCUCACAUUUAUAUGUCAUUCCCUCAUACUUACCUUGGCCAUCUUGUUCUUUUGGUCAAAUAUCUCCCACUUUGUCAACAAGACUCCUAUGGAAUUUCCAGAAAUUAUAUUGCCAGAGAAGUUGUGGACACAAGUUGCUUUACUUUUGAGGGACAGAUUCAAUUGGGCAUUUGCUCUUUUCUGGGAAGUUGCUUCUGGAAAGGAUUUGAAGAAGUUUCUCUAUACUAUUUUAGCUUUGUGGAUUGUAUCUAUUGUUGGCAGCUGGUUCGAUUUUCUCACCAUUGUUUACAUCUUAUUUGUUAUGAUGUUGACAGUACCAUGGUUCUAUGAGAAACAUGAAGAUCAAGUAGAUACCUAUGCACAGAAGGCCAAAAAAGAACUCAAGAGACAGUACAGCCAUUUGGAUGAAAAGGUUCUUCAGAAACUACCAAAAGUUCCUUUCGUUAAAGACAGUAAGCUGCAGUGAUGGCAUUCUAUUUCCAGGCGGUUAACGGCA